AAUGUUGACUCAUCCAGCUAAGCGGUUUUGCUCCGAACCGGAGAGUUUCAAUUUUUACUUUUAGUCUCUUCGAAGCCUUCGAAGCUUUUCGCUGAGUGAGAAAGAAAUAAAAAUUUGUGAUUUUAAAUACUUUUAAAGGGAAAAUAUGAAGAUUUUUGUGAUUCUUUUGAUUGUUUUUGCCACAACAAAGGCAAAAUAUCUCUUUGACGACAAUUUCUUGGAUAGCAGUGAGGAAGAUCUUAAUGAUACUCCGGAUUAUCACAUUGAUUUUGUCGCUGUGAACAAAGUGUCGGAUUUCACGGAGAGGAAUCCAACGGCUGAGCUGGAAAUGCUGAAAAUGUAUUCAGACUAUCGUGGUCAAAUCAAUUAUUCCGUUGGAGCACGUCAGAGAGGUGAUCGCCUCGUUGGAACAACAUCGGGGAAGAAGAGCUGGCCUCGUCCACAGAAUGUUGCCCUUGAAAUUCGGUAUCCAACAAGUGGUGUUGGUGCCCUCGUCACCUACGUCUCCGUCAACAUUUCCCAGAGCACCAACCUAGGUCAAGCCUACAUUACAAGGGGUGGUAUCCAUCAGCGUAACAUCACCGUUGUCGUUGAAGCCCUUGGGACGACUUUUGUGAAUUAUGUUUGCAACAUUUUUGGCCUUUAAUCAAUUUUUUUUGUGCGCAAGAAGAAAUUUUAUCACUCACCUUAUCACACGCACACAGAAAAAAAAUCCUUAUCAGAAGAUAUUUUUUUUUCCUUUCUUUUUUUUAAUAUAGAAAAAGUGUAUGAAACAAUGACAAAUAAUAUGUAAUGAAACUCGCUUUUUUCGCAAAGAAAGAGUAAUAAAUUUUAAAAUAAAAUUCGUGAUAA